GUAGUCGCGUUUUAAUCUUGAAACUUGUCGCAACGAAAUUCUUAAGUGACUGACGACGAACAGAGCACAUAGCGAAGCUAGCUGUUGUUGUUUUCCAUCUCAGCUUUGUUUUUGGUUUUUGUUGACGUCGUCAUAACUCAACAGCCAGUCUAAGAUCGUUCCCUGGUUGAUCUUUGAGACAGCCGGCCGUUAGUUAGUCAGUCAUUCAUUGGCCCUCCAACGAGCCAAAACAAAAUAAACAACAUUCGUCGUUCCUUCGUUCGUUCGUUCGUUGAUUCGCUGACCACACGACUGAGAGCGAGUGCGCCAAAGUAUUCAAAUGUACCAAAUAGAGCAACUGCAGUUAUGCGACCCGGAAAAACAACAACGCGUUGAGGCGUUGCUGAACGGUCUCCAGCUGACGGACGAUGCAUUGGAGCGCAUUGGUCAGGUGUUCAGGGAGGAAAUGGAUUUGGCUCUGAAAAUGAAACCGUCUUCGCUGCAAAUGGAGAACACCUACAUACCGGAGUUGCCCGAUGGAACGGAGAGCGGCACCUAUUUGGCCAUCGACCUGGGUGGCACUAAUUUGCGUGUUUUGCUCAUGACCUUGGAACAGGGUCAGAUAUUGGAUGAAAUUGUACAGUAUUACCCCUUGCCGGAACAUCUACGCAUUGGAGACGGCGAUGCCUUGUUUGAGUAUUUGGCCAAGUGUGUGGAUGAAUUUGCAAGAAAUCAAGAGCUUGACGAGGAUCGUAUCUAUUCGAUGGGCUUUACCUUUUCAUUUCCCAUGCGACAAAGUGCCCUGGAUUCGGGUGUGCUGGUGACAUGGACAAAGUCCUUCAAUUGCCCUUCAGUGGUGGGUCAAGAUGCCGUGCUGAUAUUGCGAAAGUUCCUCAAGAAGUACAAAAGAAAUAACAUCGAAAUAGUGGCCAUAUUGAAUGACACCACCGGUACCCUCAUGCAUGGAGCCAUUAUGGAUAAGAAUACCCGAAUUGGCAUUGUGCUGGGUACCGGUUCCAAUGGCUGCUACAUGGAACGUAGCUCCAAGGUAUUGCAUUGGGAACAGGAACGUCAUGGCGAACGUCAUGUUGUUGUCGAUGUGGAAUGGGGUGCCUUUGGUGACAAUGGUGUCUUGGAUUUCAUUAAAACCGAUUACGAUCGCCAAGUGGAUGAGGGUUCGUUGCUCAAAAAUUCGUUUACCUUUGAGAAAUAUAUCUCUGGAAAAUAUCUGGGAGAACUGUGUCGUUGCAUUUUAGCAAAAUUGCACACCGAAAAACUGUUCCUGCCUCAGGUGGCGGCUGAAGACCUACCCCAACCCUGGACAUUUGGUUCGGAUAAUGUGUCCAUCAUUGAACACGACACCCUACGCAAUGGCUGGGAAAAUGUGGAAAAUAUUUUGAGGAAGAAAUUCAAUGCCUUGCAGAUUGAAGCAGACGAUUUGCAAAUCAUACGCUACGUCUGUGGCCUCAUAUCGAAACGGGCGGCCCAGCUUGUGGCCCUUAACACAUCGGUGCUAUUGAAUGGCAUGUCACCCGAAGAGGGCGAUGACAUUACCAUCGCCAUCGAUGGCUCGGUUUAUAAACACCAUCCACGUCUGCGACAAUGGAUAAUUGACUACACCGCCCUCUGGACCAAAGAUAAGACCACCAAAUAUAUGCUGGCCGAUGAUGGCAGUGGUAAGGGGGCAGCUGUCGUGGCAGCCAUAGCCGAAAAGUUGCGGCGUCAGAAUUUGUGAUUAGGAAGCAAAGGCGAAUAAUGAAUGAGGCAAGUGGUUGCCUAAGUAUGUGUGUGUGUGUGAGACCGCGCGCGUUUUGUUGUAAACAAUAGUUCAAAUUGUUGUAAUUUUUUUAUUGUUUUUGUUUUUUUCUUCUUCUUUUUCUCGUAAAUAGAAAAAUUAUUUUGUUGCAUAAACAACAGUACUAGAAUAAAAUAUAAGUAAUUACGAUUAUA